AGAGGGCGGGAAUAACGGAUGGUUUGUGAAACUGAGGUAAAAGUUGGACAGCCGUCAGGAACGGAGAAGUCGGCCCAGAAGGAUUUCUGACCGUUACGGAAAUGUUGAGUUCAGAACUUGCUAUUAAAGUACUAAUGACAUGAAAUAUUGCUCUAGAGUCGCAUUUUCCUCUUUUGUUUUGAGUGGAUAAUUAACUGACACAUAAGUGGGACGGAAAAAUCAAUGAAUUCAGCGGGCGACUCACGAAAUCGUGGACACAAGAAGAAUGGAGGCAAAAAGGGAUUGGUGCAGAAAAGUGUCUCUCCUCAGACGUCCCUGAAUGACUCCCUGGAAGGGGAAGUUCGGGAAUUCCUCACAGAUGAAAGUCAGCUGCACACUUUUGAUGACCUUACCAAAGUCAACCCGGUGACUCCAACAACAGUGCUGAAAUGUCUGCAGGCCAGGUACAGCGCAAAGCUGUUUUACACACAGGCUGGCUGCACUUUGGUGGCUUUGAACCCCUUCCAGCAUCUUCCUGACCUUUACUCUUUGGACAUGAUGAAGCUGUACCACUGUGCUCCCCAGCCUCAGGAGUUCAAGCCGCAUAUUUUUAUCGUGGCAGAAGAGGCCUACAGGAACAUUCGGGACCAGCUGGAGCCACUAAACCAGUCCUUGGUGGUCAGUGGUGAGAGUGGAGCUGGAAAGACGUGGACGUCCCGUUGUUUGAUGAAAUACUACGCCACCGUGGCAGCCUCGUCUUCAGGGCUGAAGAGUCAGAACACAGUGGAGAGGAUUGAGAGGAGAGUGUUGGACUCCAAUCCCAUCAUGGAGGCUUUUGGCAACGCCUGCACGCUACGAAACAACAAUAGCAGUCGCUUUGGAAAGUACAUCCAGCUACAACUCAACAGUGGUCAGCUGUUAGUUGGGGCGUCAGUGCAGACGUAUCUGCUGGAGAAGACCAGGGUGUCCUGUCAACCCGCUGAUGAAAGGAACUUCCACAUCUUUUAUCAGAUGAUGAAAGGUGCCACCGAGGGCCAGAGGAGAGAAUGGGAGAUGCCACUUCACCAGAGUUUUGAUUGGCUGCCAAACUCUGAAAAACAAAUUGAAGAGGAUGAUUUUGAUGAAACUGUGGAGGCGAUGCUUCACAUGGGAAUCAAAGCAGAAACUCAGAGAUACAUACUGAGGAUUUUAGCUGGAAUUCUGCACUUGGGGAACGUGACUUUCUCCUCCUCAGGAGAAGAACAUCAGCUUUGUCAGCUUCCCGAAGAGGCUGAAGAGUCCAUGCAAACGGCUGCCAAGCUGCUCUCGGUUCCUGCUCAGGAGUUUCAGACGUGCCUGAGGGUGAGGACUCUGAAGGCGGGGAAACAGAGCCUCCUGAAGCCCUGCUCACAGACCGAGUGCCGUGUGAGGAGAGACUGCCUGGCCAAAACCAUUUAUGCCCAGCUGUUUGAAUGGCUGGUGUCGUUCAUCAACAGCAGCAUAUGUGCUGACAAAUCCACGUGGAGCAGUUUCAUCGGAGUCUUGGACGUGUACGGCUUUGAGUCUUUCCAUGUCAACAAACUGGAGCAGCUGUGCAUCAACUACGCCAACGAGAAGCUGCAGCAGCAUUUUGUUGCUCAUUAUCUCAGAGCGCAGCAGGACGAGUAUGUGUCAGAGGGGCUGCAGUGGUCCUUUGUGAAGUUCCAGGACAACCAGAGCUGCCUGGAUCUCUUGGAGGGAAGCCCUGUCGGUGUGUUUUCUCUUCUUAAUGAGGAAAGCCGCCUUAACCGAGCUUCAGACGCAAACAUGCUGAGGGUUCGGUUGGAGAAGGAGCUGAGUGAUAACCCCAACAUCAGCUGGGACAAAUUCAGCAGGGCGCCUCACUUUACGGUGGCUCACUAUGCAGGCAGAGUCAGCUACCAGAUAGAGGGCAUGGUGGAGAAAAACAAGGAUCCGGUACCAGUGGAGCUCAUCAGUCUGCUUCAGAAAUCAGACAACCCCCUGCUUUGUCAAAUCUUUGCUGACAGGGAAACGGAGAACCCAACGACCAGGGGGCUCGCUAAAGUCACGGUGGUCUCCAAGUUCAAGAACUCACUGGAGAACCUGAUGUCCAUCCUCCUCAACACAACUCCUCACUACACCCGCUGCAUCAAACCAAACCCCGACUGCAAACCGCUGACCUUCAAAAAAGAGGAGGUGAUCCUGCAGCUGGAGGCCUGUGGGAUUGUACAAACCAUUCAAAUCAGUGCUGCUGGAUUUCCAAUCAGAAUUCCUUUCAAAAGCUUCGUGCGGCGAUAUGGAUUGAUUUUGAAACAUUUAAAGAAAUCAGGAGGAAGCAGCGAUGAUUUGCAUGUUGACAAUGACAAGCCCCCCCAACAGGAAGUGGAGCAGCUCCUCAGCAUGGUGCUAAAUCAACGCUCCUGUGAUGAACGCUGUACAUUGGUGCAUUGUGGGAGGACUAAAGUCUUCCUUACUCAGGCAAUGCUAGAUGUGCUGGAGGAUCAUAGGAGAAACAUCCUGUCUCGCUGUGCCUUCUCCAUUCAGUGCUGCUGGCUACGAUACCAGCGUCGCAGACGCCGCGCCCGCCGGCAGUCAGCUACUUUAAUCCAAGCAGCUGUGAGGUCCUGGCUGGUCAGGAAACAGGUCCAGAGAUGGAACAGAGCAGCUGCAGUGAUCCAGAGCAGGUGGAAGUCCUGGAAGACUCUGUUAAAGUCCUUGGCCGAGGCUGAGCUUGACGGCGACUCAGACCUGGUGGAGAACGACGCCCGGCUGGUGAACCCUGCCGUUCGGGAGCGAGGCUCAGUCCAGCUCCCCAGUAUCCAGGAGCCGGUCACAGUGCGCGGGUGGCCCAUGGGCCUGGCUUUAGCCUCCGCUCCAUCCAUCACCGUGUCUUUGACCGCCACGGGCUUUCAGAAGUUGAUUUCUGUGGUGACGUCCCUCAACCUUCCCUCCAGGAGAGGAGAAUACAAGGUGGAGACCAACCAGUACAAGCAGGGGCUGGCCUCCAUUCGGGCUCAGCCUAAGGGAUCUGUUAAGCUGCACUAUCAGCGGUCGCCUCUUCUGUAUGCCAACACACAACCAGACCUGAAGAGUGACGUGACCGGCUUCAACGAAAUCCUGCUGGAGCAGACUCUGUGAGAACUUCCUCUGUAGGACCACCGUCAGCUAAUCUUAGGACAUCAAAACCACGCAUUUUGCCAAAACCCAGUUUUUGUCUCUUUUUAAACUGGGUCAGGCACAGAAAUGCAGUUUUAUGAAGUGUAAAGGCCCUCGAAUGUCCAUAAUGACGAACAUAGCCGAUGGUGUCUGCAGGUUUUUGUUUUAAACACGACACUGAGAAGCAGAAACUGGAGCCUGAUGAAGCUUCAAGCACUUUUAUUGAACGAAAGCCUCUCUUUACACAAAUCUGACAUUUCCAAUGUAGAUUCAAAGUGCCUUUUUUUUUUAAUCCACACUUUCACUACAACUAAGCUUUUAGUUCACGUAUUUAUGCUGAAGGAUUACUUCCUUUUUUUGGGGGUGUUUA